AUGACAAAUUUUGCUGAUGAAGUUCUCACAUUCUUCGAAAGUGAAAAAUCUGAUGAACAACUUAUUGCUUUGCGUUUUGCAGCUUCAAUGUGCAUUUAUGCCAAAAAGGUCGGAAAGUCUGAUAUAAUUUUGAAUAGUAUUGAAGAAUACAGAGAAUAUAUUGAAGAUAUUUCUAAUGAAACAAAGGAUAAUAUCGUUUUAGGUUUUGCAAAAGUAUUAAUAUCCGAAAUUGAUAACUGUGACAAUAUAAUGGAUGAAAUAGAAGGAGCAGAACCAGAAUAA